AUGGGCGAAGAGGAGUUGGCAAUCGAGCGCAAGACUCUCAAAAUAAAAGUGACCGAGAACAAACUGACCGAGAACGAAAUACUGGCCAAGGCGUUCAUGUUUUUCCUGGCCGGCUACGAGACCUCAGCCACCACCCUAUCAUUCCUAUCGUACGAGCUCGCGAUGGCACCCGACAUACAACAGCGGCUGUACGACGAAAUUGUGGUCAACCUAGACGAAAACACCGGUGAAAUGGACUAUGACAAGUUGGCCACUCUACCCUACCUGGACGCCGUAGUGUCCGAGACAUUGCGCAUGCACUCACCCGCGCAGAGUAUGCCACGUGUGUGUUCGGUGGAGUACGCCCUAGGUAAUACUGGUGUGGUGAUACCAGCUGGCCAAAAUAUUGAUAUUCCCAUUUACGCCCUGCAUCAUUGCGCCGAGUUUUACCCGGAGCCAUUUAAGUUUGACCCGGAUCGUUUUCUCGGCGAAAAUAAGCGUAAGGUUAAACCCUAUACGUAUCUGCCGUUCGGCGCCGGCCCUCGCAAUUGCAUUGGUAUGCGGUUCUCGUUGUUGGAGAUUAAGCUCGGGUUGGCUCACAUUAUGAAACACUACCGCUUCACUACCUGUCCGUUGACUGACCGGCCCAUACAGUACAAGCGUAUGUUACGUAUUGGUGCCCCUCAGCGAAUGAUCCUGGGCAUUGAAAAACGCAAUUUAUAA